GAUAUCGGUAUAAAUUAACCGAGAUGUAUCGCGCAUCUCCAUCGAAUAAAAAAAAAACAUCUUGAUCGACAAGCAGGCUUCAUAUAUUUUAUACAAAACUACCGUUUUCGAAAUGAAAUUCGUCAUUGAGAGUGUAAGUAAAUCCUCCGGACGCCUUGGCCAAUUGGUGCAAAUGGAAACUGACAGGCGAUUCCGGACGCCUUUGUUAGUGCAAAGCACAAAAGGGGGUAGCAUUCCCUAUCUCAGCCGUGAAGUAUUUGAAUAUAUUAACAACACGAUACCAGCGUUGCAGUUUUCAUUAUCUACUAUUGACCAUAUGACAGAUUCGAUAAAAUUAUUCAACGAUUCUCUUAGUGCCUAUGUCGGUUACCCAGAAUGCCUCUCUCUGUUGAUGGUACGGGACCCCUGCGAGGUCACACCGAGUGGGUAUAACGACAAAAAUACAGUACCUCUUUUUACCAGACGAGGAAAGGAAACAUUAGACGCGAAAAGAUAUAUGGAUGUUGUAGAAAGCCUAACACCUGAUAUCUACCAAGGUUUAUGCGAUGCCGACACAAAUGUGGGUAGCUCCAAAAAGCGUUUGACCAAGAGUGUCCAUCGCACAACCCAAUUAAUGGAUAUCUGCUAUGAUCGACAUCAAAAUUCUAAUAAUUCAAGCAAGUGUACACUAUUUGUACCGAUUGUUGGUGGAUACAGUAUAUUUGCCCGAUCAGAUUCUAUUAAACAUGCCAAAGCGAAAGGAGCGAACGCAACUGGCGGUUACAUAUUUGAAGGUUUUCAUAAUUAUGGGCUCAGCGCGACACAAAUAGAUGCUUCUCAGUUAAUAACUGUGAUGACUCAUUGUUUGAAGGAACUACCUGCUGACAAACCAAAAAUGUUGCCUGGGGCAUACACACCACCAGUAAUAUUGGAACUAAUAUCUUUAGGAGUAGAUAUUUUCGACACGUCUUAUGCCUACUGUGCUACAACGAAUUUUAAAGCGUUUACAUUUAGUCUUGAUAUAACAGACGAAAACAGCGCAAUUAUGGAUCCAUUCUUGGACAUAACUAAUGAUGGUCUAAAGGAGGAUUUUACGCCAAUAUUAGCAAGUUGUUCUUGCCUAACUUGCAAGAAGCACACGCGUGCUUAUUUAUACCACCUGUAUAAAACCAAUGAGUUGCUUGGGCCAAUCUUAGCAAUGAUACACAACUUACACCACCUGAUACAGUUUUUCAAUAUCAUUCAUACGUGUAUUGCCGAAGACAAGCUGCCGGAAUUAAUUCAACACAUUAAAUUGCAGGGAUGUAAUAAUGCUAUAGAUUAUAGUAUUAAGCCAAAUGCUAAAACAAGCAAAAAUGAUAAGGGAAAAGGUUUUGCUAUUAUCAGGGACGGGCUGUAACUAAUUAUAUGUAAGAUUUGGAUUUAUUGCGGAGAAUACAUUAGUACAAUAAGUUACAAGGAUCUUUUAUAGUACAACAAAGGUGUAGACAAAAGUACAUAUGUAUAUAAUAUAUCGUCACCUGGCAUGCGUAA